AUGGCUAGUGGAUAUCAACAUUUAAAAGCUACUCUGUCCCCCGAUUUUAAAGCUAAUAAUCGUGAUGCAUUAAUUUGGGACCCGCUUAAGCUACCGGCGGAUUACUGCUUAACGCCGGGUGCUCAAGCUCGUGUUCGAACUGAUUUAAGGCGUUUUUACCAAGAUCCACCGGUUGGAAUCGUAGUGUCUCCCAUUCCGGAACAAUUUGGUAGAUUAUAUGCUGCAAUUAGUGGUCCUCCGGAUACUCCCUAUGAAGGUGGAUUUUUCCUGUUCUAUAUCGCGUUUUCUCACGAUUAUCCUCUCUCUCCACCUAAAGUUCGUUUGCUAAAUACGGGCAAUGGCUCAGUUCGUUUUGGACCGAAUCUCUACGCUAACGGCAAAGUAUGUCUUAGCAUCCUUGGAACUUGGUCCGGCCCACAAUGGACUCCAACCCAGUGCUUAACUUCCGUUCUUCUCUCUAUUCAAUCUUUAAUGAAUGAAGAGCCUUACUACAAUGAACCUGGCUUCGAAAAUCAAGUGAAUCAAGCAGCUUCCAAAAAUUACAACGAGGCUAUCAGGCACGAGACUCUUCGUUGUGCUGUUUGUGAUGUGGUUGAGCGGCGGUUUGAGUAUCCCGAUGAUAUCUAUGACAUCAUUAAAACAACCUUCCUUGAACAGUACAGUGACUACAUCGAUGUUUGUGAUAGUAACUGUUCGAAAGACGGUUCGCCAAUGUAUGGCCACAGCUAUGCUACGCAAACCUCUCUAUUCCAAUUUAAGAAAACGAAAACUCGUCUAGAGGCAUUGAAGUCUAGUCUAAGUUAG